GGCAGCAACGUUACUUGACUAAAGUUGAAAACAACUGCAAUCGUACUUCUGCAGUUCUGCAAUAUAUUUUAACAAUAAACUUAUAUUUUAACACGUAUUUUACCUUAAAUUAUCAAUAAUUUUUUCAAGAAUAAUGGAUGAUCAAGAAUGGUCUGAAUGCCCAACUUGUACCGCAUUUGCCCGCCUAUCAGAUCAUUUCGGUUGCAAAGUUUGUGAUUCCUGUAAUCAUCUUUUCGAAUGGACAAUUAACACAAAUCAAUUUCCCGUCUGCGACAGUGGAGGAAUGUGCCGAGUGUCACGUAUAAGAUGCCUGUUUUGCAGAAUGAGUAGAUGCUACAAUAUGGGAAUGGAUUGUUCGAGAGUUCAAUUGAUUGGACAUAAUUACGACGUGAACUAUACGGCAAUGAUAUCGCCACCCCUUACGGUAGUUGAAGCUGCGGAAUUCGAUCUGUAUUUUAGGAUGUUUGCAAAUUGUGUAACGUUGAUGGAGCAGCACUACUACAAAUGGCUUCGACUAUUCACUAAAUAUCCAACGUUGCCUACAGAAUUACAAAAGUGUAUAAGAGAUGAGACCGCCUAUCGUGGAGCAAUAUUGCAAAUAACGGAGAGAUCCUUGAUUGCUCACGAAGGGUUAUGGCUGCAUUCUUGUUUUUUCCAUCCCAAUCAAUGUGCUUUUUCUCCAAUCAAAGGCGUUGCUAAAGCAAUUUUAUUGUUUGUGAUGAGAUGCAAAAUUCUGAAAAUAGACAAAAGUAAAUUUCAAGCUCUGAAGCUCCGGUUUGCUCUUGGAGAGUAUAUUGAGCUACAUUCUGAAGACGAGUUUCCUGAGCAACUUUUCGAAUUAUUUGAUAACGCAGAAGACGAGAUGAUGCAAUGUUGUGAAACGGGUUCUAUUUACAUUCAUAAAAUGGAAAAAGUAGAUUGGAUAUCGAAGAGCACGUUGUUCAAUUACAAUGUUGAUAAUGACAUAUCAGUUCCUGAACACACGUUUCACGAAACGUUUCUGAUGGGAGACCAAAAUUGACGUUCAGAAAUGUGUAAAGGAAGAUGCAAUGAAAGUUGUCUUUCAGAAUGACGUGAAAUAAGUAAAUGACGAGGAUGCAAAAAAAGCGAAAGACGAAACCGUUCAUCAAGAUACGAGAAAGAACAGAAUUUUAGAACGUUUUAAUAUUCAACAUUUUCGUGUGCAUAUGUUAAUUAAGAAUAACUUCAAAUACAUGAUGUCAUCUCGUAAUUGAAAAUUUAUGCUAAGUAUCUUCAAUGUUUUAUAAAAUUUUA